AGAAGCCCCCCCCCCCACGACGACUCACCUCCCAAAACGCCGCCGUUGCGCCGCUCAGCUUACUCGGGAAGCAACAUGACCAGCUCCUCUGCCGCUUCACGCAAGGCUUUAAGCAAGAUCGCCUGCAAUCGGCUCCAGAAAGAGCUCGUGGAGUGGCAGGUCAAUCCUCCCGCCGGAUUCAAGCACAAAGUCACUGAUAAUCUUCAAAGAUGGGUGAUUGAAGUCAACGGAGCUCCGGGGACUCUUUAUGCCAAUGAAAUGUAUCAGCUCCAAGUUGAUUUCCCUGAGCAUUAUCCCAUGGAAGCUCCACAGGUGAUUUUUCUAUCUCCGGCUCCUCAGCAUCCCCACAUUUAUAGCAAUGGCCAUAUCUGUUUAGAUAUAUUAUAUGACUCAUGGUCUCCAGCCAUGACUGUCAGUUCUAUCUGUAUCAGCAUACUCUCCAUGUUGUCGAGUUCCCCUGCAAAGCAACGCCCAGCGGAUAAUGAUCGAUACGUGAAGAACUGCAGGAAUGGCCGAUCUCCCAAGGAGACGAGGUGGUGGUUCCAUGAUGACAAGGUGUAAUGACAUAACAAAUAAUUUGUUAACUUAUGUAUCAAGAAAUAGGGCUUUGAUCCUGAAUACUAUUUAAUCAAUGCCAUUUGAAAGGGGAGCUGGCCGGGGCCAUGUCUCCCCCACCUCUCUUUACAUCUUGCCUACCAUUGCAUACAAA